CACAGCGCACGGUUUCAAGAAGCGCGUGUUCCGUCGCGGAGCGCGCUGCCCCUUUAAACGCGCGCGCGUUAACCUCGAAAGUCGUCUCGCGGGCGGUGUAAAGAACGUGUCCGAGCGAAGAGUGACGGGCGCGCGCGAUGAUUUGCUCUAGGGAGCCGACUGCUGUGAGGAAGGCACAUUGUGGAGUUUCAGGAAGAAGCUUAGACCUCAUGCUAGGUUUGAGGGCUUGAGGAAGACCCUGAGGCGAAGACUGAAGGAGGCAGGACACUUCCUGAUGGAUACAAGGGGAUAGCCUGUCCCAGGAUUCCCUGCGGGGGCCCACAUCCUCGGUGACGCGAGGCCUGGAUGAGGAUGGAGACACUGAGAGAGUCCUUUCUCCACUUAACCUUUCAGAUGUCCACCUACAAGCGGGCCACCCUGGACGAGGAGGACCUCAUUGUGGAUGAUGGCAGCUCGGCUGCGGAUGAGGUCUACCAGUCUUCGCGGAUGCAGGUGACGGUCAGGCACGGUCGUGGUGCCAGGUGCUGGAUGGAGAGGACCAUGGCAGAGAAAGUACUGCUGGGGCUGGUCUGCGUGUUGUCCCUUGCCUUGUUCGUGUGUGUGCUCGUCCUUGGGCGAUUCCACAGCAGCAGUCACCCUGAGCUGUGUCUAUCUGAGGCCUGUGUGACAGUGGCAAGUGCAGUGCUGGGGGCCCUUGACCGCUCUGUGGACCCAUGCCAUGACUUCUACAACUUUGCCUGUGGGGGAUGGGUGAAGAACAACCCCCUCCCUGACGGAAAGUCACGCUGGGGCCCCUUCAGCAGCUUGUGGGAGCGCAACAUGGCCACCAUGAAGCAUUUGCUUGAGAACAGCACCAAGGAAGGGAUGAGUGAAGCAGAGCGCAAGGCCCAGUGGUACUACCAAGCCUGCAUGAAUGAGGCCAAGAUUGAGUCAUUGGGGGCGCAGCCCUUACUGGAGCUCAUCAACCAGACAGGCGGCUGGGCUUUGACAGGACCGUGGGAUAAGGACAAUUUCCAGGUGGUCCUGCGCACUGUGUCAGCACGCUAUCGGACCUCCCCUUUCUUCACCGUCUUUGUCAGUACGGACUCCAAAAGCUCAAACAGCAACAUCAUUCAGGUCGACCAGUCUGGGCUGGGACUUCCUUCACGGGACUACUACCUCAACAAGACUGCAAACGAGAAGUAUCUAAAGGCCUACUUGGACUUUCUAGUGGAACUAGGGGUCUUACUGGGGGGCUCGGAAGAGACGUCUAGGACACUGAUGCAGGAGAUUGUGGACUUUGAGACUGCUUUGGCCAACAUAACAGUGCCCCAGGAGGAACGGCGAGAUGAGGAGCUCAUCUAUCACAAGAUUCAGGCAAAGGAUCUGAAGACUCUAGCCCCUGCAGUUGACUGGAUACCCUUCCUGACAGAGGUGUUUGCACCGGUGGAGCUCAAUGAGUCAGAGCCAGUGGUGGUGUAUGCCAAAGAGUACCUUGAGAAAGUCUCUGAUCUCAUCAAGAACACCAACAAGAGUCUCCUCAACAACUACAUGAUGAUGAAGGUGGUGAGGAAGAUGGUCUCCAUCCUGGACCAGAGAUUCCAGGAUGCUGAGCAGCACUUCUUUGAAGUCAUGUAUGGCACAAAGAAGAGUUGCACCCCCCGCUGGAAGCUGUGCGUCAGUGACACAGACAGCGCCCUUGGCUUUGCCCUCGGAGCCCUCUUUGUCAAAGCCAACUUUGCUGAGGACAGCAAGGCUAUUGCAGAGGACAUGGUCUUGGAGAUCAAAAGGGCUUUUGAAGACAGUUUGCAGUACGUGAGCUGGAUGGACCCCGAGACUAAAAAAGCAGCCAUGGAGAAGGCAGAAGCAAUCUACAACAUGAUUGGAUAUCCAAAAUUCAUCAUGGAGCCCAAGGAGCUUGACAAAGUGUUCAAUGAUUUUGAGGUGGUUUCAGACCUUUACUUCCAGAACGUCAUGCAGUAUUACAACUUCUCCGGCAGAGUCACUGCAGACCAGCUAAGGAAGACCCCCAACAGGGACCAGUGGAGCAUGACACCACCAACAGUGAACGCCUACUACAACCCCACCAAGAAUGAGAUGGUGCUACCAGCAGGGAUACUCCAGGCUCCGUUCUACAAUAGGGCAUGGCCCAAGGCUUUGAAUUUCGGUGGGAUUGGAGUUGUUAUGGGCCACGAGUUGACACAUGCCUUUGAUGAUCAAGGGCGAGAGUAUGACAAGGACGGCAACCUGCGCUCCUGGUGGAAGAACUCCUCAGUGGAGGCCUUUAAAAAACAAACACAAUGCAUGGUGGAGCAGUACAGCAACUACAGCGUGAACCAGGAGCCACUCAACGGCAGACACACUCUGGGAGAGAAUAUCGCUGACAACGGGGGGUUGAAUGCUGCUUACAAGGCCUAUGAGAACUGGGUCCGGAAGAACGGGCAGGAGAUGGUGCUUCCUGCUCUUGGGAUGACAAACCAUCAGCUCUUUUUCAUUGGAUUUGCACAGGUUUGGUGUUCAGUACGGACACCAGAGAGUUCCCACGAAGGCAUCAUUACAGACACACACAGUCCUUCCCGCUUCCGCGUCAUUGGCACUGUGUCCAACUCGCACGAGUUUUCUAAACACUUCAACUGCAAAGCUGACUCCCCCAUGAACCCGAGAAAGAAGUGUGAGCUGUGGUGACAAGCAACUUGACGCCCACGGGCCCAGGGCCCCAAACCUCAGGCGGAGCCGUCCAAGCAGGGGAAUAACAGCCCAAAACCAAGAUGACGCUCCGACCACCAAAGAACCCCUCCCCCAACUCCACAUGGACUGACCUUCUACAGCUGAUGGCUGAGCCCCUAUUGCUGGUCAAAUGACAAAUGGUUUUUAAAACUUUCUCUUGUGUAGAGGGACAAAUAAAACACUGGAAACUGCUAGUGAAGAUGGAGGAAAAACCUGCAAAUUUUUCCUUUUUUUGUGAAUAGAUGUGUGGCUGCCUUGUUUUUCAAUGGGAGGUAAUAUUUAUUUUCAGUCUCUAUAUUGUUGCUGUAUUUUACCUAUGGACUUUUGAUACUUUUUACAUUUUCCAGUGUGUUGGGGGGAGGGGGGUGACGACAAGAGUAUAUUUACUCUAUUUUGGCAUAAACCAAAAUGUGAUUCUUUGUAAACAUUGAUUUCCAUUUGACAUGAUCUUUUUGUCAUAAAAUGUGCCUUUUAUUAAUUUCACCCUUUCACCAUGAUUUUUUUUAAUUUGAUUCUUGUCAAUAUGCCCCUUUGUCCAGAUUAACAAAACUUUAAGUGUGUUACUGUAAUAAUUUCUGUAAAUGUUGGUCUGACUGAAUUUAACCUUACAAAAUGAUACAAUUCAUGCCGUUUCUUCCGGAACAAACUUUUCUACUUCCUGAAUUUAUAUUGAGGUGUGUAUUAUGAACAUUUUGUAAAACUAUAUCAACAAUAUUUAUUGGACAUAACUAAUCACUCUAGAUUAUUGUAAUAUUGGUCUUUCUAUUUGUGGUUUCACAAAACUUGUUCUGUUUUAUGAAGAAAAGUGGUAUAUUAUACAUAAAUGUCUGUCUGUACCUUUCACACAAAUUGAUGCAUGGCACAAUGUUAUCGCAGCUGCUAAAUGUGUUUGUGGCCAGAAAUGUUUUGUUUCUGCUGAAGCUGUUCAUAUGUCCUCCUGUAUAAAAUUUUUUCAAGGCUCAUGGAAAAGGAAAACACUGUUUUCUGUAUGUUUUUCUCCUGAGAUAUAGAAGCACCUGUAUGUACUUGUGUUUUUUCUGUCAUUGACUGUCCACAUGCCAAAUGUCUGUCAUAUUCAUGUGCAAUCAAGGUGUUAAACCAAACUUCUUGUUUCUUCUUAUGCAUGCUUAUAAAGCUGGGAAGACAUGGACUGUAGAAUCAAGUUGUAGUUUAUAACCUGGAAAAUACAUAUUUAUAAAAAAAGAAAAAGCAUUUGUCUAAUUUAGCAGAUGUAUACCUCUAAGAAUGAAACGGUGAAUUUAAUCAACAUAAGUGAUCUGAGUGCAGACAUGUGACUCGAGUACAGUCUAUUUGUUGCUUAUAAACCAAUACAGUAGCUGGGUAUUUUUUCCAUCGCACCGUAGUACAUGUUUACUGAGCAGAGAUGAGUCCAGGCACCUUUAGACUAUUAUCAUACAUGUCAUUAUCACUCCAGUUGAUUUUGUUGAGUAGUCCAAGGAGCCUGUUGCUCCCAUACAAAUAAAGCUGGUAAAGUACUUUUUAGAGGUACUGCCUUUGGACCUGAAGGUCAUCAGUUCAAAUCCCACCUCCAACUGUAGUACCCUU